AUAUCUAAUCUAGCAGAUAUAUCAUUUUUAUUUCUAUAUUUAAGAUUAUAUAUAAUCGAAUUUCGCCGGUCUCUUAUUUUGUUGUUCGCACUAAUAUUUGCAGCGAGAAAAACCAAAAAGAAUAUACAUAUUUUUUCUUGUUUAGUAAUCGAUUUUUUUUUUAAUGGAGGUCAGCAAAAAAUUUGUAACGCUUAGGAUCGAAGUGAUGGCUAAACGCGUUAGUGUUCCCAGUUGACAUUCUUCCUAAUAAAAAUGUAUGAAAAAUGGGUAGUUCUGUGAUCGUUAUAUGUUUAAUUGUUAGUAAGUAUGAUAAUUUCUAUCAUGAAUAUUAAUUGAAUGAUCCUUUUUGUUAAUCCCUGUCCUAUUCGAUUAUUACAGAUAAACGAUGUACUUGGCAUUGCGGCGGGAAAUACAAGAUUAGCUUCUAGAGCGCCAUCAUGCGGAUUUCCGCGAGUUGUUUGAUAAACGUUAUAAUAGUUGUAUCGGAUUUUGCUGUUUUUCUAAUAGUCAGCCUGUGGUCUAAGGGUACGAUUCACCACCGUCUAUCCAGAACAUGGAUUCUGUCGGGUAUUCGAGACUACAUGCUGAUUUUCAUUUUUUCCGAGAGAUUUUUUCGGUCAAAGGUCAGCAGUUUCGGUUCUAACGCAUACGGAUCAAGGAGAAGAAUUUUAGGAACCCUCUUAAUAGGAAUAUUCAUGAAUAUGACGUAGAGCGGCCUUGAUCACUGAUAAAAAAUGUGCAACGAAUCGAUGAUAACGUUAUCAUCGUUGGCGUUGCUUGCGUGGACGACACUCGUCCGUUGCAGGUGUUACGAAUGUGUAUCCGAUGCAUUCGAAUGCAGCUCGAUGUUUGUAUAUAUAUGUAUAUACAAUGUUUCUAAUCUCUUUUUAUUUCUGUUUUUUUUUUGCUCAAAAGAGAUCAUUCUUGAGAGCUUCAACAAGAGAAGGGAUCAAAUUUAAAAUUCAAACCUCGCUGCAUGGCCUAUCAUUUUUUUCACCAACCUUGCAGCUCGUUUGUGUACAUAAGUUUUUGUCAAGCGUUCGUAUAAUUUCCGAGUGUUUUUAAUUCUUCAGAUAUCGAAGAGAUAUAAUUUAUAUAAAAUUAAUUAGAGGUAAUUGGAGUAACUUAGAUCGUUUCACUUUUGCUUUUUCUUUCCUUUUUCCUUGGACCGGGAUCUGGAUCAAAGAGACAUCUUAUUACUUGACCUUCCUUUAUCGAGUGAUUACGUCAGUUACGAUAAGACCAGCUAUUAAACUCGUUUAAAGCGUUUCGUUUACUUGAGAGAAACCGCAAAGUGUUUCGUUUCGCGGUCGUAUCUUACGUAAGGAUCCCGGAUAGAAAGGUCUCAUUUAGAAAAAUGAUAUUAAAAUAAACGAAAUACAAAUUAUUAUGAUAAAAAGGGAGAGAAACAAGUAUGAUUAAAAAGUCCUUCAAUUUUUGAGGCUGAAUACUAUCCUAUCCUAUAAUAAUUCAGAAACGAUAAAGAAGAUUUCAAUCUUUUCCAUGAAAUAUCGCGGGAAUAUUUAAAAAUAAAAAAAAUGUCGUCCAUAUACCUUGCGCAGACGCACGAUAUAUAUAUAUAUAUAUACAUAUGGAGAAGAGGGAGAGGUAAGAGGGAUUGAUGUAGGCGUAGGAAGAGGGUGGAAAAGGGGUGAGAGCGUUUUCCAGCUAACGGAUCGAUAUGGAACACGAGAGUGCGCGAAGAAGACCAACCACAUAGUAGUCGUUGGUGUCGUAGUCGUUGUGUUUGUCUGUGACGGUCAUCGAAAAGUACUCAACAUCGUAGUAGUAGUAAUAGUAAUAGUAAUCGUAGUAAUACUACCAACGUGUACCCUUGUGCUACCGGGAGUGCCGGCAAAGAAGACGUAAAGUGUUCCAGUCGUCUUUCCUAUUGAGGAACAUAGGUCUAAAAAAAUUAACAUUGAAAUAUUACUCAGAGGGAAAAGUGGAGGAGACAUCGUGCAGAAGAGGACGACAUGUCCGCGAUGUCGCGGGGUCCGCCCCGCGCUCGCGGACCCACGCGGAUCAAGAGGACGACGCCUCUUCCUGGAGGACUCGCCAAUAAUACUAUCAACCAGAUUCCAUUCGUCCUUCUGGUUAUCCUGCUUAGUAUACUCGCGCCCUCCGUCGUUGCUGAGAAAAGCAAAGAAUAUCAGAUAAGCGAUAUUUGUAAAAGGAAUUUCAUGCAAGAUCUCUAUAGAAAAAUAGAUGGUGCCGUUUUAACGUCUAAACAUGAACGAGAUCUCGAUUGUGCCAUCACCUUUCAAACGCACAGCAUCCUUCAGCGUUUCAUGCUACGAUUCGACCAACUUCAAUUGGAUUGUAACGAUCAUCUUUACAUUUACGAUGGCGCACAUGCGGUUGGCAGUUACAAGGCUGACCUGUCCUGCAGAAACACGAAGCACAGCGUUGGUGCGAUUUAUACGCGUACGAACUUCGUGACGUUGAAAUACGUCACCGACGCCUGGGGCACCAACAUGAAUGGCUUCCGGCUCGUCAUCACUGCCGUCAAGGAUCCCAAGCACACCUGCAAGGAUUUUCGCUGUACUCAAAAUGAAUUCUGCAUCGAAACGGAUCUACUUUGUGACGGUGUGAAUCAUUGCGGCGAUGGUUCCGACGAAACACCCUCCACUCUCUGUGCCAACUCCGAGGCAUCGACGAUCCUGGGUAUGCAGACGACCUGGUUCGCGGUUGCUUUCGUUUUCCUGCUCUUGAGUAUGGUUGGUCUGGUUACGGCGGCAGUUCUCUGCUUUUGUAGACAGCGAGCCUCGACCCCGAGGCACCCCCAUAAUGCGCACAAUGCUCAGACUCACCCCCCUGUCAGCUUCCCAUGGAUUCGAAGCUCGUGGAGGUGCGCUCGAUACGUGCUUAUCCAUCGUGAGGUUUCCCUCGGCAAAGAGCAGCACGUUUCGCGGCGGACAGUUUCGUCGCGAAGCUUGAACGACAACGUCCUCGUGGAGAAUAAGAGAGACGAACCGAAGAAGAGGACCAUUUACAGACGUGGAUACACUGGUGGAAUCUUCUUCUCCAGUCUGAAAGGACUUCCAAGGCCAAUGAGAUCGUCGAAGAUGUCACAGGAGAAUACUAGAUUUAAUCUUAGCGAGCUAGUGCUCGCCGUUUUCCUCUUGUUUAUCGUCGUAAAGAAUCCAACGAUCGGAGCUAUCGAGGUUAAUCAGAUUGUGGUUGGCAACGUUGACAAUGAUAUAAGCAAGGAUUACUUUAUCGGUCCAUGUUUGGUUAAUACCAAUCAAACUUGUCCCGACGACGAGGUGACAUUCUUUUUAUACACUCGUGAUAAUCCAUUUAAGGGACAGAGAAUCGUUGUUACCGACACGGAUUCGAAUCUCGACGUAACCUAUUUUAAUUCGUCUAAUCCAACGAAGAUAAUAGUUCACGGUUACAAUUCCGAUAUGCAAAUGAGCAGUCUGGUCGAAGUCAAGGAUGAAUAUCUCAAGAAAGGAGAAUAUAAUUUAAUCGCAAUUGAUUGGAAUAGGUUAGCCGUAGGACCGUGUUAUCCAAUCGCUGUUUACAACGUUCCACACGUUGGUCAAUGUUUAGCACAAUUGAUAAGAAGACUCGAGUUUCACGGUGCUAAGGAUCUACAUGUCAUUGGAUUCAGUUUGGGCGCACACGUACCAGCAUUUUCCGCUAAUUAUCUUAAACCAUAUAAAUUGGAGAGGAUAACCGGGCUCGAUCCAGCCAUGCCACUUUUCGUAGCUGUUGAUAACGAUGAAAAACUCGAUUCUAGCGAUGCCAAUUUCGUUGAUGUUUAUCAUACCAACGCCUUUAUCCAAGGGAAGCUCGAACCAAGCGGUCAUAUAGAUUUCUAUAUGAACGGUGGUGUUAAUCAACCAGGAUGUUGGGAAAAUAGAAAUCCAUUUGGAUGUAAUCAUCAUCGAUCGGCCGAAUAUUUCGCCGAAUCUAUUAACUCCGAUAAAGGUUUCUGGGGAUGGCCGUGUCCUGGCUUUUUACCGUAUUUAUUGGGUCUUUGUCCACCGAGAUAUCCGGCUGUUUUAGCUGGCGACAAAGUUGAUCAAAGAUACAAGGGAUUUCAUCUAGUUAGAACUAAAUCUCAAAGUCCUUAUGCCGAAGGAAUGUUUUUAGUUAGUCCCGAAGACGUACCUUACAUGGUUAAUCGUAAAUCCUUAACUUAAGUAUUUUUAUUAUUUCUAAAUUUUUAUUAUAAAUCUUUAAGUAUUUUAUUAAAAUACUUUAAGAUUAAUGUACAAUAUGUUCAAAUAUUAAACCGUGUCAAAUUUUCUUUUCUUUUACGAUCUACAAACGUAUACAUAAUUACGUAAAAGUUCGUUUGUAGUUAUAAUCAUCGCUGUUAUAGUCAUUGUCGUCGUUGUCGUCAUCCUCAUAUCGUCGUUGUCAUCGUGUCGUCGUUGUCGUUAUUAUUAUCGUUGUUAGAGAGAAUAAGCUAGUAAAAAGUGUUUCUCCUAAAUUUUGUUCGUCGAUCGAAGUGAGCCAGGAUUAUAUGCAUAUAUAGUAGACGUGCAAAUGGUAAAAAGCAUGAGUAUAUAAAAGCAUAUAUAUCGUAUACAUAUAUACACAUAUACACACACACACACACAUAAAUAUAUAUAUAUACACAAGAUACGUUAUAUACCAUGAUAAACGUUCGAUAUUCCGUUUAAUAUUCACGCGUGUGUAAUAAAUCGUAGAGUGCUGGCCAGGAUCGUUUUGUGUGUUUAUCGUGAGUCUUUCUCUCUUUCUCUCUCUCCUUCAUUCAUUCUCGUCGAGAGAGAAGAGUCGUUCCAAUUGCAGCAACAGCAGCAGCAGCAGGUCCAUGUAUAUAUAUAUGUAUGUGUGUGUGUGUGUAUCGUAGACACCCGGUAGUGCUAAUCGAUAUACUGCUCCGACGAGCGUAAUAGAACUAGGACGUGUAUAACAUACUCGCGAGUAAAAUUCUUUAUCGAUCGUUCGUUUCACAUCGAAUGUGAAUAAAAGAACGUUACGAUAAUGUUCGAGAUAAGAGAACGUAAAUGAAUAAUUAAGCGAGUUCGUUUGGAAAUAUUUUAUUAUUAUUAUUAUUAUUAUUAUUAUUAUUAUUAUUAUUAUUAUUAUUAUUAUUAUUAUUAUUAUUAUUAUUAUUAUUAUUAUUAUUAUUAUUCAAUUAGCUAAAUUUUUACCUCCUUUAUGUAUUUUGAUUAAAAUGAUUUUAAUAGAGGUAUUUUAUUAGUUCUCGUUAUAUAUAUAUAUGUACAUAGAUAUACUUAUGCCGUUAUAUUUAGAUCGUUAGUAAUAAUUAAUAGUUGCAUCAGAAUUAAGAUGAAUUAAUUAAACGGUAAGAGAGAAUUAAUUAUUCGAGAUAAUUAAUAUACGUCGAAUUAAAUAGUGAGAUUAUUAGAAAUAAUUUUUCUUUUCCUUUUUUUCUUUUUUUUUUUGACGAAAUUAUAGGAUAUCUAAUGCGGCAAUAUUUUCUAUUUUUAUUAUAUCGAUCGAAAGGAAUCAGGAUUCUUUCAAAGAGUAAAAUGGCGCAUCUCCAAGAUUAAAUAUAUUAAUCAAACUGCAAGCCACGUUUGGAUUGUGUCCAAACAAUUCGUUAGUUACCUAACGAGCAUCUCGUUACUCGUCACUACGUGAUGGAAAAGAUGAGACGAAUAAAAAAUAAAAAAAAAAGGAAGAAAAAAAUAGAGGAAAAAAAGAAAAUCAAAGAGAGAGAGAGAGAGAGAGAGAGAGAGAGAGAAACAGAGUUUGGGUACUGUCGAGUAAUCUCUCGAGAAAAAUCAAUCCUCGUAGCUUUAAAACCGAAGUCCGUUUCUCUCUCUCCCCCCCCCUCUCUUCCUCUCUCUCUCUCUCUCUCUCUUUCUCUUUCUCUCGAACGGAGCAACAGGUUGCACUUGAUACUAAUUUGCGAUUGGUCUUUUAAUUCGUGACCUUACAUAUUUCAAAGAUUUAGAGAAUUCUAGGUAAUAAAAUAAAAAAUAAAAAAAAAAUAAUAAAAGAAACAUCUUUUCUUUUUCCGAAGUCGUUUACAAUUUACCUAAUUAAUUUUCUUCUUCUAACAAUAGUAAUAUAAAUUAUUACAAGUUUGAAUUUUUAUUAAAAUGUAUAUAUGGCAUUAUAAUCUUUCUUAGAAUUAAUAUAUCGAUACGUAGAUAUCUUCUUGACUUUUAAUAAAUUUUAAAGUGUUAAGAUUUUAAAUAAGAAAACUUUUCUAUAAUAAUAUCCUUUUCGAUGAUCGACCUAAUUAAUUUUCUUUCUUAUAUAAUAGCAAUAAUAAUUGUUUUAAGUACCAUUUUCCAAGAAACUAUAUCACGAUACAAGUAGAACGAUGUUAAAACUUUGAAGCAAAUCUUUAUUCUUGAAAGUGUUGCUGGAAGAUCGUGAAGUGUCGGUCCAGGAACAAAGUUACGUUCGAAGUUUUCUCGUGUUAAGAGAACAUUUACGUUAACAUGGGACAUCAAAAGAAAGAGAAAGAUAAAUAUAAAGAUAAAGAUAAAGAGAGAAAGAAAGACAGAGAGAGAGAGAGAAUUUUGUACUUUGGAAACUAGCCAAAAGAUAAAAAAGUAGAAAAGAAAAAUAACGCGUAUAUAGUUAUAUCGAUAAUUUCACGUUGAAGUUUUAUUAAUCUUGCUUAUUCUAAUAAUCUCUAUUAUUCUUUGCCAAAAGUCAAUUCAACAGAGAUUGAAAUAUUUGCAUAAUAAUAUCGUAAUAUUCAAAUACAUACAUAUAUAUAUAUAUAUAUAUAUGUAUACAUAUAUAUAUUAAUUUUUAUUUAAUAUAUCUAAUUUAUAUUCAUUUGAUCGUAGAACAACUUUCUUAAAAAAUUACGUAUAAACAAUUUGCCCGAACUUUAAACACGAAUAAUGAGUAGCCUAAGGAUAUACUUGAUAAAAGUAAAUAUAUUAUCUAAUAUACAGGAUGGCUUUUUUGCAAAAGUAAGGAACGCGAUUUCCUUCCGAUAAACGCGUGCGGAAUGCGUACGAUACUCUCUUGGUAAAUGGAUAGCCUCAAGCUUAUGGUUACGAACGAUAAGAGGUUCUUGUGGAAAUAGUAAUUGGAUGAUAGAUAGGUCUCAGUAGAUACCAGAAAGCCUAUAUUACUCUAGAAUUUAUUAUUUAUUGGAUAAACUUAUGAGAGAGAAUCCGAACAUAAACUUUCUUUUGCGGUCAUUCAACUUGUUGUUUUAGUAAGAAGGAGA